UUGUUGUUUUGGUUUUGCCUCAACCAGUUUUCACUGCCAAGAGAUUUCUGUUUAUCUUCAAGCAAAAUAUUACGAAUUUAGAAACUUAGUUUAUUUUGAGUUCGGUACGGACUGAUUAUGCUUGGAAACAUUUGUCAGGCAUUGAAUGCUCACAAGCAACAUUAUUAUUAGUGCUUUUUAAGUUUGCCACUGAGCCUACUGAACUGGCAAGUACUGACUGACACUGACUGGCUGGAUAUUCCGUUGCAGAAGAAUCUUCUUUCUUUAUUAUAUGUGGCAUAAGUAUAAAAUAUAUUAUUUGCUUUGCCUUAGCCCCUUAGGGCACUUAGGCCUAGCCUACUUAAUUUAUGUAUCAGCGCAAUGGCGUUUUACAAUUAGGAAAUUAUUAUUAUUUAGACAUACGCCAUUCAUUUAAUAAUAAUAAUAUGAAUAUUAUGUCAUUUAAAUUUAAAGAAUUUAAGUUUAAGAAUUCAAUUUGAUUGCCUAGGUCUAAGUCUAAGCAGCUAUAAUAUAGCUAAUAUACUAAUUACCAAACUGUAAACUAAGAAUAGACUUACCUGAAAUUUAUGGAUGUGUGUAGAUUUAUUUUAAAAAAAAAAAAAAAGGAAAGAGUUACAGUUAAGAAAGAGCUUUGCAUAUUCAAGUUCAAGACAAUCAAGUCCAAGUCUUUCAAAGAAUUCAAUUUGAUUGCCUAGGUCUAAGACUAAGCAGCUAUAAUAUAGCUAAUAUACUAAUUACCAAAAUGUAAACUAAGAAUAGACUUACCUAAAAUUUAUGGAUGUGUGUAGAUUUAUUUUAAAAAAAAAAAAAAAAAGGAAAGAGUUACAGUUAAGAAAGAGCUUUGCAUAUUCAAGUUCAAGACAAUCAAGUCCAAGUCUUUCAAGAUUUGCGGUAUAAGUAUAGUAUAGGCCUACUUUCUCACUCACUCUAAGUCUAAACAGGCGCUGUUGGUCAAGUAGGCUACUUAGUAGCCCACUUAAAUUUAACUGACUUAAAUCUUUAUUAGUUUACAUUCAUUCUGAGCAUAGAACAAAAAAUAAUUUAUCGAUGAUCUGAUCUAUACAUUCCAUGAUAUACUAUGCAUUGUAAGUUAUAAGCGGUAUUUUUACUUAAUGAAUAUGCUAAUGUCAGUAAUGAAAUAAUGUGUGUCCUCUGCUUUCCUAAUAUUUUAGUUAACAACAGUAUUACAUUGUCAUUGAUUUAAAUUUAUUAUUUUUUUGGCUGUAUAAUUGUAAUUAAUAUUUCAUUUAUUAGGGAAAAAAAAGGUGGGGGGAUGACAUGCUGAUUGAAAGUGAUAGUCAACACUAACAUUAUUCAUUAUUAGAUCUAAGGGCCUACUUAUAAUUUAGGGCUUCCUAUAAAAGAAAAUUUUUAUGGAUGUGUGGUAUCUAUCUCUGACUGUUGCAACAUUAAAUUUUAAUAAUGUUUUUGUUUUCAGACUUAAAGUGGGAAUAGAUAUUCUCUAAUUGAUAUUUCAAUAAAAUGGGAGGUGCUGUCAGCUCAGGGCAAGACAAUGACGAGCUUAUUGACAACCUUAAAGAAGCUGAAUAUAUAAAAACUCAAGAAGUGGAACGUGUGUUUCGCAUUGUUGAUCGGGCUCACUACUAUUUAAAAGAAUGCAGAGAAAAUGCUUACAAGGAUCUGGCUUGGAAGAAUGGCACAUUACAUCUGUCUGCACCAUGCAUUUAUUCAGAAGUUAUGGAAGCUUUAGAAUUGAGAAAAGGAUUGUCUUUUCUAAAUCUAGGCAGUGGCACAGGCUAUCUUAACACUAUGGUUGGACUUAUGAUAGGCAUGUAGAAUUCAUUAUUAACUUCAUUGAUAUGCACACUGACUUGUUUAUAACUAAACCUCUGCAAUGAUCAAUCCAAUUUGAUUAGUCCUUAAAAAGUCAACAUAAAAAAAAUUAAUUUUUUGUAUAAUAGAAGAUCACUUUCAGAAAACUCAGUGGACACAGAAAAAUAUUUGUUUAAACUUAGUGGAACUCCAUUUUAGCAUGUUAUUAGUCUUAAUUUACCUGGUUUAAUUUCUUUUAAAUUACAUUUUCAUUCAAGGUCCCUUCGGUAUUAAUCAUGGAAUUGAACUUCAUUCUGAUAAUGUAAAUUUUGCUAUGGAGAGAUUGGAGAGCUUCAUUAAAAUUGCUAAAAAAUUUGAUGACCUCGAACUUUGUGAGCCUCAAUUUGUUGUUGGAAAUUGUUUGAAUCUGGCCCCUGAAAACCGCUUAUAUGACAGGGUCUAUUGUGGAGCAGCUUGUCCCCCAGAACUAAAAGACACUUUUCAGAACAUGAUCAAGGUCAAUGGAAUACUAGUGAUACCAGUGGGCGAUCAGGUUUGUGAUUUUAUUUUGAUUAUUUCUGUUUAUGAUAGUAUUCAUAAGUUUGUCUAUGAAUUCAUAAUUUCUGAAGAAAAAACAACUUUUUUAGUGGACACAUUUUUUUUCACAUUAUGUUCACUAUUUUUUUUCACAAAAUAGUGGACAUUUUUUUUAUUCAAAAGCUUUAUGAUUAAAUGGUACAUAAUCUAAAGCUGUUUUAAUUGUAAACAUUUUUCAUAUUUUUUAAUACUACUUAAACCCCCCCCCCCCCCAACCCAAAACCCUCUCCCCCCCACCCCCCGGGCGCUUGUCUGCUAAUUUUUAGAAGCAGACCUGGCAACCCUACUUUUGUUUGAAAAUUUUUGGGAACUUUCAUUAUUCACAUCCUCUUUUUAGCAGUAGUAAUUUUUAGUAACAUUAUUUUUAUUACUGAAUGGCACUUAAUUUGCUUACACUACUUACAGGUUCUUUGUUGCAUAGUGUCAUUAGAUUUACAGGGAAUGCAUAAUAUGUAACAAUCAUAAGACAAUAUUUAUGGAGUGCUCAGAAGUCUGAAGCAUGUCUGAGUAAGAUAUGUUAUAAUAGCAAAUUUUAUAGGAAUGUGGUAUCAGUUGUUUGAUUUAAAUUCCUCAAAUCAAAUGUCAGAAACCAGGUACCCCUUACCGUUACUGGUGAAAGGUAAUAUUGGGUUUAUUACAAUUUGAGUUCCCAAGAUCUCUUUUUCAAAAUUAUAAUUAUAUAUUAAAUUUUUAUACCCUUUUUUUUGAAAAAUUUAGCUGUUGAAGAUUAAAAGGAUAAGCCAAACAGAGUUUACAUCAGACAACAUUCUGCCUGUCUCAUUUGCCUCCCUUGUUCAACCAGGACCUGCCCAAAAGAAUGCAAAUCCUAUUCUUCUUGGUAAGUAAUAUUUUAAGCUACUUAGAGGCACAUAAACCAUAACAUUUUUAUUGCUGAUGACAUAAAUGUUUGAUUCUAUGUUAAAUUAAUUUUUAUCUCUUUCAAUUAUUUCUUUAUGAUACUCAACUGCAGGUUAACAAAAUGUAAUUAGAUAAAAUACUAAGUAACAAUUUAUUUCUCUUAAACUCUUCCCUUAUUCUAAAUUAAGAUACAUUGAUUCUAGUUUUUACAAUUCAUGUGUUCUCUUUUAAUGAUUCUGCAUUAUUUAACUCCAUUCAUUACUAGGCAUUGUUUCAUUAGAUUCAAUUAACUUGUUUUGUACCAGCUGCACAUUUUGGACUCUUCUUAAAUUUUUACAGCUGAAGUUUCUCCCUUGACUUUGCAGUACUUAUGUCGCAUUGUCAUUCGGGAAGCCAUUAGAAACACAUUUGACUUCCAAUUACAAGAAAUGAGUGACACAUCACAUCCCAGCAGAAAAAAAUUUAUGGGGUCAUCUACCAUUUUACAUUCUGAGAUGCGCAGAUACCCUCUCAACAUAGUGCCCACCACUGGGGGUCUCAUGAUUAUGGGAGCUUUUGACCAGAGUGAUUAUGACGACGAUGAAGAGGAACCUGUAAUGGGGGCCACCCAUGAGGAUGAGUACAUGCAUAGGCAACUGCAGCAACAUGCUGCCGAGUACAGGGCCAGAGUGCUAGCCAGAAGACAUGAUAAUGUACAUAAAACUAAACAAGUAACAAGACAUGAGGUACUUGAUGUGGAUUCUAAUCUGUCAGAAAUUGAAGAAGGUCUAGGUGUUGAAGGAACAACAGAAUCUAAUGACAUCAAUGGUAACAAAAAUGCAGCUGAAACGAGUCAAGUUGUUAAAGAAAAUGAAUUUGAAUCUUUGGAGAGGGAAGACUGGGCAAUGGCUGAUGAUAAAUUUGAUGUAGAAAAAACUGAGAUGAAAGGAAAGAUGUCUCCCAGUGUCAGUGGGAUCAAACGUCAGAAAAAUACAUCUGAUAGGGAACACUCUUGCAGGACCAAACAGUUUUCUUCUCAAAACUCCCAUGAAAUAGACCAAGCUGUCAUUAUAAGUGGGCAAGAAAGAGAUGAUCAUUUGUCAUCUGCACACCCCAGACCUUUGUUCAGCAAGCGAAGCAUAUCACUAUCUUCAGAUGAUGAAGUUUUAGUCCCCAAAUUCAAUACACAAUCUCCAGCUAUUCUGGUGACCUCAUCCACAGGGUCACCUUCACAACCACGAGCCAUUACAACAUCUUACAGUACAAGUGCUGACACCUCAGAGACAUCUGGAUUUGGAUCCCUUGGGGAUGAUGCACUUCCUGUUGGGUCCCAACAUUCGGGUGUAGGAUCAUUCAAGGAGGAUCUUGAGACAAUGUCAACAGACGUUGCACCAUCUUCCCCAGUACCAAACAUUGGCAACAAGGGAUCACCAUGGUCCACUUCAUCCAAAGGGGAAUCAAGUUUAGAUAAUGACAGAACUGCCAAUGAUGGUGAUGAUAGCACAGAUGCAGGCUGGAUGGACAUGGAUGAUGAUGAUGAUGACAGCCAAGAAAGUGAUGUCAGAAAUAUCAACAAAAAAUCACAAGGUGGUAUCUCUGAUUCUGAAGAGGAGAAAGACACCCAUGAACACUCACCAAGGGGUCCAGAUUUUUCCUCCUAUCUGAAAGAAAAAGUACACACACUGCCCAUUCCCAGCACAUUGAAAGCCUUUAUUUUGUAUUACAGAUAAUUAUGUACAAUCUUUGUUUCUUCUUGAUCACUAUUAAAAAUGAGCAGCUUAAUAAAGUUGUUGUAGAAACUUGAUGUAAUGCAGCAUCCAACAGUCAUUUGUUUUAGUUAUUAUUAAUGGAUUGAAUACAUUUUUUCAUCUCUGUCUAACCAUUAUCUUUUCUUUUAAAUAAAAUAAAUUAGACAAUGUUUGUAUUUAUGAAUAUUAAUUACUUUUAUUUUUUUUUAAAUUUAAGCUAUUGUUUUUACUCUUUAUUUCUAAGUUAAUUGACAAAUAAUUUUUUUCUACCUUUUCUUUUUUUUUUUCUUUUAAGAUGUUUGACAGCUUGCAUGGUUGGUUUAUCUCAGCAUUAUUAUAUUUGGCCAAAAAAUUUACUUGUCACUGUUAUAAUUAUGAUAACCAGUAAAUUGAAUAACAACUAAACAAAUUUUGUGUUCACCUUUAUACUUUCUCGGCUUUUUUAAUGUAUAUAUAUUUUUUCUCUUGAAUAUGUGAUUGUACAUCUUGAAAGUUAGGUCUGUGAUGGUAAAUGUAUUUUCUCAGGAAUCUCUAAAUAUUUUUUUGUGGAAAAAAGCAUUUCAAUGUUUUUUAAAAUGGAACACUAAUAAUAAUGUAAAUAUAAUAACUUUAAUUGCAAAUUGGAGAAUAUUUCUUUUAACUGAGAUGGAAUAUUCUGUUAUUAUUUGUAGAUCAAAGUUAAUACUGUUUCAAAUAUGUAUACAUAUUUUCAAUGUAAAAAUAAGUUACACCACAUCUUAAAAGUCUUUCAAAACUUAUCUUCACCAUAAAAACUGUCUAAAUGGGAAGAAAAUGUCCAUAAUUUUUUUAAUUGUUGAGCCUUACACAGAUAUUUUUACUCUAAAAUAAGGUAAAGAAAAUCUUUAUCGCAAGUAAUAUUCCUUUUACAUAAAAUACCUUUUUUUACCAGUAACUAAAUUUAAAAAAUAAACUUAUGGUUCAGUCAAAUUUAUCAAUAGACAAAUGUGUUAUGAAUGUUCCCUGUACAUACAUUUCUAAAUAGUGCCAUUGAUCAGAGGUGAUUGAUAGAAUAUUAGUUGUUUUUUAUUUUCAAAAAAAGAAUUUAAAACAAUCCUUUCAAAACAAGUUGGAAGUUUAAACAAUUUUAUUUUAUCUAUAAGAUGUAAGCUGGAGUAAUUUACAUACAGUGCAGAAGCAACAAAUGAGUAGCAUAUUAUCUUAUCAUCAAAUGGUAAUAAUUAUUAGAUUGACUUGAAAAGAAACUAGAUUUAUUUGAUUAUGAUAACUACUACAGUUUUUAAAAUUUAAAAUACUAUAGGCAAAUUCAUCUUUUUUAAUUUCCUUUUGAUUCAUUGAUUAUUUUUUGACUGACUUGGAUCUGUUAUGUCUUGAAAUAAAUUAAUAAAUUAUGGGUGAGAUUAAUUUGCCAUGAAUUAUGCAUUUAAAAAUAAAAUAUUUAGAAUGUUACAGUUCUAAGCAUGUAAUUAGAUUUAAUUACUUUCUUCCGAUUUGGGAGUAUCAUCACUAAUGCCCAUUGUGAUAAUUUCUUGCGUUGUAAAAGUGUUACUCGUUUGGAUUGCUCAGUAAAGUAGUCAUAUUUAUGGUAAUUUUAUGUACAAUUGCUUAAAUAUAAUAUUGCCAGCAAAUAGUUAUCUAUAAAUGAAAAUAAUUAGUAUAAACAGUUAUCUAAAAUUUAAAAUAUUAUUAUUAAAAGAAAAGAGGAUUUUUUUUCUUUCUCAUGCAAAUAAAAUCGCAAUGACAAAAUGCACAUAAACAUAAUUGAAUCUCCUAUGAAAUAUUAUUUUCUAGUCUUAACUCUUGUAUAUUAAUAUAAACAAAAUCUUUUUAAAAAUCAGGUCAUAGAAUUUUUACAAGCAUUUUAGUUUUAAAAAAGGCAAUAUUUUUCUUUACUUUGAAACUGAUUAUGAGUUUUUGGUCAUUAUUUUAAUAGAACUGUUAAGGUUUCUCAAGGAUAGGGUUUCAUCACUAGUGGCUGCUAAAUUCACUAUUUUUCAGUAUGAAAAGAAAGCAGUCAACCCAAUUCUUAAACAUCCCCAAUCAAUUAAAAAUAUUUCUAUAUAUUUCGUUAAAAUUACUUUUUCCCCUAGCCUGGAAUUUAUUUUUAGUACAAAUAAAUAUCAAUUAAAAUUUUGGUUGGUAGAUUCAGGCAUUAUUUUUUUCACUGCAUUUUAUGAAUCAUGGAUUACUUUGUGUUUUCUUAGAUGGUUUCAUGUACAUUAAUUGAUCAUUAAUAAAUUUGUACUUGUAAGUCAUGUUAGAAAAAUAACAUGAGUAAAAUCAAACCUUUGGUAUCUGUGGUCAAGAAAACAAGUAAGCAAUAUUUUAGGAUUGAAGUAUCAUUUGCAUUUGUUAGCAAUCAAGCAUUAUACCGAUGAUGUAAAUUUGUUUAUUCAUUGUCAUUAAUUUUUAAAAUGAUUAAUGAGUUGUAUAAUUCACUAAAACUGUCCUUUAAAUGUUUCCUUUUAUAUAGCCAGGAACUUUGAAUUGUAUCACUGAUGUCUACAGUUUUUGAAGACUUGAUCUAAAUGGAUUGUCCACAAAAAAAAACCUGUUUAAAUUUUUAAUGACUUUUUUUUUUAAUUUUCCCAUUUUGUACAUUUAAAAAGUAACAUAAUACACCAUGCUUUUUGUGUGCUUAGAAGUAUUGUAAAAAUAUAUGUCUUUGUACAUUUAAUAGUGAUUGAUUUGUUAGUAAAUUUUGUAAUCGAAGAUACUUUUUUCUUGUGCUAUAUAUAUUAGAGUUUGGUAUCACAGUAAUUUUUUAUGUUGAUUUUGACAAAUUAUUUUUUUCCUUAACUUCUGUUUUCUUUAGUCAUGAUACAUGAUACAAGUUUUAUGGGGAUUGUAAUUAAAUAGUUAUUGGAAAUGUUAUUUGUUAUUGAAGUAAGUAAGUAAAUAAGAAUGUCUCUUGAUUGCAAUAUAUUCUAUAUUUGCCACCAUACUUAAUAUAGUUUUCCCAUUUGAUACACUGCAACAAACACUACAAGUAGUUUAAGUAUCUGCACUUUGGGUCAUAUACAUUUUCAGAGCUGGUAAAUGAAGAUUGCUCUGCUAAGAAAAGACCAUUAUUUUGAUAACUAUGUAAAUACAUUUUUUUUUUUUGUGUGACAUAGUUAUCCAUCCAAAGAAUUAAAUAUUUUGGGUGAAGUAAAUCAUUGAAUGCCAUCAAUUUCAAAAAUAAAAUAAUAUAGAUGAUU